AUGGAGUUUCAACGAGGAGAGCGCGUAAACUUAAACUUCAAUACCGGCGCAGUCGAGAAGCUGGAUCAAGAAGAGCAGCAUGAGCUCCCCAUGCCGUCAUUCCCUACUUUCGUGGGCGACAUUCAAGAGCGCGAUUCAUCACUAGCUAACCCUCCAGUUGCGCCCUCGCUCAAACCGAAUGUAAAUGGAUUUCCGGCGCAUAAGAAACGCGUACCGAGAGUAUCGGCAUUCAAACAACAGCGUGCAGCCAAAGAACAGCAAGCUGAUGCGGUACCGAAAGCACCGGCGAAAACGCAAGAUGCGCCCAAACUACGAAGCGCAUUUGGCGUUGACCGAGACGAGGAGAGGCGAGCGAUAGACGAGGAGAAUAGACAGACACUAGCGGGCAUGUCGGACGCGGAGAUUGAGCAAGAGCGACAAGAGCUCAUGUCAAGUCUCAAUCCAGCAUUACUGCAGAAGCUGCUCAUGCGGUCCAACAUUGAUCAAGGGAGCAACGAGCGGGAUUUUGAUACAGAGCCUCCAGCACCACCAGCUGUUGCAUCCCCCACGACUGACGAAGCCAAGCUAGAACCUCAGCCCAAGACCCCGACUACAAAGAAAGUCUCCUUCGCAGCACCAGAACCAGAAAAUGAAGCAACGUCACAACCAGCACCAAGCUCGAUACCCACCGCGCAACCCCCGUCCGACGACAACACCACAUCGACAGCCAUGCCAGAUACCACAGACUCAAUACACUUCCCUCAGCCCCCACAACCACCCGACCUUGACCCAAACGAUCCCUCGUUCCUCAAGAGCCUACACGAGAAAUACUUCCCCACGCUGCCUUACGAUCCCUCCUCGCUAUCAUGGAUGUCACCCAUCGACCCAUCCGACACAAAAUCGCCAUACCAUCCUUCUCAAACUGCUUUGAACCCUGCAGAAUUGCGCUUCGACUUCUCUGGCAACUUGCUAGCACCCAGCGUCGCGCGAGCUAUACCGACUGACAGGGGCCUUCACCAUCACGCCGAAGCCCCAGAGGCAGCGGGCUACACAAUCCCAGAACUUGCAGUGACCGCGCGGAGUAAAGUGGCGAGUCAACGAUGCAUCGCAUACCAAACACUAGGUCGUAUUCUAUACAGACUAGGUAGAGGAGAAUUUGGGGUCGAGAGUGCGGAACAAACAACCGAUGGGCCAGCAAAAGUUGCCAAGAAUCCAGAGGUAGUGGAGGACGAGGAUGGAGAGGAGUGGGUGGAGGAGGACAUUGGUAGUGCCAUGGCAGGUGGGCUGUGGCAGUGCAUCGAAGAAGGGAGGGUGAUUGAGACGUUGACUGAAGAGGCGAACAAAGAGAGGGGGCAUCUUACUGCGCGCACGUUUGCUCAGGAAGCGCUGUGGAAUUGGCGGAGAGGUGGUGGAAGGAAGAGACAUGCUGUGUGA